AUGAGUACUGAUACCCUUUCACGCGAGCCAACAAAGCUCGAGCCUGUCACAUUGAAGAGAAAAUUCACCGAAGAUGAGAGAUCCAAUAGUUCAUCAGAUUCAGAUUCAGAUUCCAAGGUUGAAAGUAAGAAGAGAAGAGUUUCGCCAGAGGAUGGAAUCACAGAGACGGAGUUACACUUGGUUGAGAACGACACUGAUGAUCUUCAAACAGCAUUGGUUAUCAAAUCAUUUGAGGAGCCAUUUAGCGUUGACGAGAAGUACCCUGUUCCAGAUUUGGGCGAACAUGAAGUUCUCAUUGAGAACAAGUUUAUUGGAUUGAACCCUAUAGAUUGGAAGGGCAAGAAGUAUAGAUUUGGCGUGUAUUCAUUUCCCUGGAUUCAAGGACGUGAGUCGUCUGGAGUUGUCAAGAAAGUUGGUUCUAAAGUUGCAAACUUGGCGACUGGCGAUGAAGUUUUCAUUGCCUCAACGUCAUACAGAGAUCUGAGAACGUCGACAUUCCAACAAUACUCCAUAUUUGACUCUCGUCUUGUAUGGAAAUUACCGAAGAAUGUUUCUCUGAAGGAAGGUGCUGGUGUUGGAGUCGGUCUGGUUACCGCUUCCUCAGUGAUGGAGGAGUUGAACGUCAACAUCUUCGAGAACGAAGACUUUGACAAGGAGCAAUACAUUUCACCAGAAGACCGUGACUCUAUCUUGAUCUGGGGAGGCUCCAGUGGUGUAGGAAGCUAUGUCAUUCAACUUGCCAAGGUUGCAGGCUUUAAGAAGAUCAUUUCAGUGUCCAGUCUCAAACAUGAAAAGUUCCUGAAAGAUAUUGGUGCUACCCAUAUCCUGGACAGAUUCAAAGAGCUGGAUGAGCUGAAGAAGGAACUCCACGAAAUCCUACCUAAUGGGCUACAGAUUGGCAUCGACGUUGUCGGCAAGCAGACGUCUGACCAUGUCAUCCAUUUUCUCAACCUUGGCGAUAACAACAAUGACAGCACCAAAACCUUUGUCGGUGUUGUGUCAAUGCCGUCCAAAGACCUUGACAGUGAACUGCUAAAGAACAUUGAAGUGAAACAGGUGCUCAUAAAGAAAUUCCAUGAGAAUGUGAAGCAUGGCGAGAACCUUGUCAGGGUCACCCACGAUCUACUGGACUCUGGUAAGAUUGUAUCGCAGAAGAACCUCAAGCUAUACAGUGGCUUUGAAGGCAUCAUAUCCGGGCUGGAAGAUUUGGAGAAGUAUGGUGCAAGCAACGAGAAGUACGUUGUUGAACUAUAAGGGUAAAAUGGUUACGUUUAUUUACAGGUUAUAGAUAAUAUACAACACAAUUAACCAC